AUGGCUCAACUUGACAUAAACAAAAAAAAAACAAAUGAAUUCACAUAUACUGAAAUAUUGGAGGAAGUUAAUAUUCAUGUUUAUAUUAGAAUAAUAUGUUGAAACGUAAACUUUAGGAUUUGGUGAAGCAAAUCAAACAAUUUGAAUAGGAAAGCAAAGGGCUGCAAUAUGAGAAUGAAAUUUUACAAAAAUGCUUGGCUUAAUAAAAGAAUAAUACUUAAUAAGAAUAAAAAAAUAAAUAAGUGGAGGAUUAAAUUGCUCAAUUAUAGGCAAUUCAUCAAAGAGAAAAAGAGUAUUGGAUAAGAGAUCAAUAAGAACAAGUGAAUCGAAUCAAAUAAGUAUAAGAACAAACCAAGAGAAUAUUAUAAGAUAAGAUUGAUCAUCUUGAGAAGGAGAAUGAAUUUUUAUAGAUGGAGCUUGAGAACAAUAAAACGAUAAUUGAAAAUUAUGAAUUUUAAAUUGAAUAAAGUAAUAGCUUAUUAUAAAUUAGUUUAAUAAAAUCAUAAGGCUGAAUCAAGUAAUUUAUAGAGGGAAUUGAAAUAAAAAUAAUACAGCAUAGAUGAAUUAAAAUUUUAAAUUCAGGAAUAAGGAAUGAUAUCUUAAAGAAGCAAUAAUAAUUAGGAGUUGUUAAAUAAAUUAAAAGAAGCAAUGUAUUUAUAAUUGAAUUACAAUUUUAGAGACGAAUUGAAUAAGUGUAAAAAAAUCAUAUCUAAUCAACAAUAUGAAAUAUAAUUAUAAUGUAGGCUCUUUGAUGAAUUAAGAUAAGAUUAUUAAAAGAAAUUAUGUAAAGAACGAUCUAAAUCCUAAAUGAGUUUCAAAGCAGCUCAAGAGGUCAAAAAUGAAUAUGAAAAGAAAUACUGUAAUCUAAUGGAGCAGAUAAUUAAAAACCAAACCUCGAGAAGUUGCAAUGCUUCUUUUAAACUAUUGCCAAGCUCAAUGGAUUAAACUAUGAAUAACGAUUUUUCAAGAAUCUCCAAUAAUUAAUCUAAUAAUAUGUAUGUUUGAUUGUAGUAAUUCAUUUUAGUGGAGGAUUGAGUGCUAUCAACAAAGCUUUAAGCGAUUCUAUUGAUGAUUACGAAAAGAGUAUAUUGAAUAACAUAUCUGGAAAUGUAACAAAGAGGAAACCUAGCAAAUCCGAAUGGGAAAAAAAGUAAAAAGGACAGCAAAAUAUCAUGAUAAGCGUUACUCCAGAAAAUUAGAUGCGCCCUCAAUCUUAAUAGUAGGAAAUAUGUAUGAUAUUUUGAUGUCAUGUUUAGUUUCACCCAAAAUUUCUCAAAAGAGAGCCUAGUCUAUUCAUUCAAGCAAGGGUAUAAAAUAGUAUACAUUCAAUUUAUGCGAAUACAAUGAAUCUCGCAAUUCAAAUGAUUCUGAUCAAUUUUAUAGUUAAUGCACUUAGUAGACAAGACAGAGCAAGCUCACAUUGAAGCCAUAGAAAUGUAAUAAUGAUGUGAAAAGGAAUUCAAAACAUUAAAAAUCACUUUCUACCUAUAGGAGUGUCAAGGACAAAGAAAAUCUUUAGUUUACUAUUCCAGAGGAGAAUCAAAAAAUAAACAGUAUAAAUACUAGCAAAUAAUUAUAAAUUUUGGAAGAUAAAAAUGAGAGAUUGGAUACUAAUACAAAAUUUAACUCUUUAUUAAAAGUAAUUUGA